AUGCGGCUGCCGGAGCUGUGCCUGGCGCUGCUCUGCGCCGCCGGCACCGGCACGGAAGCGCCGCGGGCAGCCCGGGAGCGGCCGCUGGCCCCGGAGCAUGGGGAGCCCGGCGCGGCCCGUGUGGAUCCCCGGCAGGCCUGGAUGCUGCUGGCCGGGAGCCCCGGGAGGAACAGCGGAGAGCGGGGCCGCGGCGGCUCCGGAGCUCUCACGGCCCCAGCGGGCCCCGGCACCCCGGGGAAAUCAACCGCGGGAGCCGGGGCUGGCCCGGCCGUGCCCGAGGAGCUGCUGAGGGAGCUGCAUCUCCUGCUCAGAGGCACGGCAAAGAUGUGCGGGACAGCUGGGGAAGGGUCUAAGGAGGAGGAAAGCAGCAAAGGCAGCGCCCAGCGUCGUGUGGAAGCGGCCUUCCAUUGCCGGACGCGUGCAGACAUCGCUGUGGAGCAGAAGACGUGGCUGGAGCUGGGGCUGUUCUACAUUCCUGAGAGGGAGGAGAUGUUCCAGCGUGGCCCGGGGCUGAACCUGACCAGCGGGCAGUACACCGCCCCCCUUGCGGGAUUCUACACCUUCAGCAGCACGCUGCACAUCGCGCGCAGGGAGCCGCGGAGGAAGAGGCAGGGAUGCCGCGGGAGCCGCCUGCGGGUGCUGAUCUGUGUGCAGUCCCGCUGCCAGCACAACAGCCAUCUGGAGAGCGCAUCCCAGCUGGAGAGCAGCGGGGAGCUUUUCACCAUCUCUGUCACAGGCACCCUUUACCUGCAGGCUGGGCAGCAUGCCUCUGUUUUUGUGGACAACACGGCAGGCUCUCCCCUCACCAUUCAAAGUGGCUCCGAUUUCAGUGCUGUGCUGCUGGGCGUGUGAAGAGGCUGAACUGUGCUGAACCUGUGCCAGGAGCAGCCAGACCCUUCCCUCUGCCAGCCACCAUCGUGCCUCCCCUGCUCAG